AUGAGUUGACGGGCAGAACGUGUAACCAUGUGUCUGUUUCUACACGGAAGGAAAUGGUGAUGUACCGUUCACAACGUGACUUUAGUAUGGGUCCACUAUAAUGGUGAGCUGACAGGCGUGUGAAUGAGCCUCAUCUUUUUACCGUUAUUCACUAUGUUGCCAUUGCCAUUGACCUCACUCGUGGGUAAUAGACAUUGUCUGGCAAGAAGAGGGUGCUCAAGCAGAUGGAUGCUUUGUGACAUAAUGCGAUGGAGGGCGUUUGUGACUUCAGGAGUCCGGCAGGCCUCUACCACGCCAGGAGGUAAAGUCACCCCUGUGUUCUCCCGAGCCUUGGGGUUCAGAGACAAGACCGCCAUAGUGGACAGCAGUGGUAGUCAUACUUACAGAGACCUUUAUGCCAGAAGCCGAGGGUUGGCUGGCCGCAUCGCUCGGACCCUGGGCUGUGAGUCCGGAGAUAUCGGUGGCCAGCGAAUAUCAUUUCUAUGUGCCAACGACGCCUCUUACAGCGUGGCGCAGUGGGCGUCCUGGAUGUGCGGGGGCACGGCGGUGCCCCUGUACCGCAAGCACCCACCCUCAGAGCUGGAGUACAUAACCACCAACUCCCAAAGUUCCCUCCUCGUAGCGGGUCAUCCGUACGUCGACACCCUGGAGCCUCUGGCUCGCAAUCUGGGCCUCCCAUGCCUUCAGCUGCCAUCCACCCUCGACCUGCCUGCCCUGGAGACGGCAGACACAGAAGGACUCGUGGGUGACCUGGCGGAAACUGACUGGGAUGAGAGGCCCGCCAUGAUCAUCUACACCAGCGGGACGACAGGCAGGCCUAAAGGAGUCCUGCACAGCCACAGCAGCAUACAGGCCAUGGUCCAGUGUCUGGUGUCGGAAUGGGCAUGGUCCGAAGACGAUGUCAUCCUCCACACCCUGCCUCUUCAUCAUGUCCACGGCAUCGUCAACAAGCUACUGUGUCCACUCUCCGUGGGGGCCACCUGCCUCAUGCUGCCCGAGUUCCACCCUCAGAAGGUGUGGGAGUGCCUGCUGAGCUCCAAGGCCCCCAUGGUGAACGUGUUCAUGGCUGUGCCCACUGUCUACUCCAAACUCAUCCAGCACUUUGAGCAGCACUUCAGCCAGCCACGUGUCAGGGACUUUGUCAAGGCGGUGUGCAAGGAGCGGAUCAGACUGAUGGUCUCUGGCUCUGCAGCUCUUCCUCAGCCGAUUCUGAAGCGCUGGGAGGAGAUCACAGGCCAUGUGCUGCUGGAGCGCUAUGGCAUGACUGAGAUUGGCAUGGCCCUCUCCAACCCUCUCAGGGGGCAUCGCACGCCAGGGGCUGUGGGAGCACCUCUUCCAGGGGUGGAGGUGCGCAUUGUCAUGACCAACUCUACCAACACCACUAUAGCAGAAGGCAACAGCAAGGAGACUCGGGUGCGCCCGGGGCUGGAGGGUAAAGAGGGGGAGCUGAUGGUGCGUGGUCCGUCCGUCUUCAGGGAAUACUGGAACAAACCUCAGGAGACCGCCGAGGCCUUCACCGACGAUGGCUGGUUCAAGACCGGUGACACGGCGGUGUACAGGGAUGGGGUGUACUGGAUAAUGGGCCGCACGUCGGUGGAUAUCAUCAAGAGUGGCGGCUACAAGAUCAGCGCCCUGGAGGUUGAGAGGCACCUGCUGGCCCACCCACACAUCACAGACGUGGCGGUGAUCGGGGUGCGGGACGCCACGUGGGGUCAGAAGGUGACCGCGGUGGUGCAGCUCCAGAGAGGGGCCAGUCUCAGUCUGGCGGAGCUCAAGGCCUGGGCCAGAGAACACAUGGCGCCGUACACCAUCCCCACUGGCCUGGUGGUGGUGGAGGAGAUGCCCCGCAACCAGAUGGGCAAGGUCAACAAGAAGGACUUGCUCAAGCAGUUCUCCCCAAGCCUCUGACCCUACUGCCAGCACCACCACCACCACCACCACCACCCCCCAACACCCACCACCACCACCACCCCCAAACACCCAACACCACCACCCCCCAACACCCAACACCACCAC